GCAUUCAAAAAAAGAAUUUACUUGUGAUGUGACUUAUAAAAUGAAAACGAAAAAAAUUGAUUGCACGCCGAUGAGUUUUGAUGAAAUAAAUGGCACGUCUCAUCGAUUAUUAUACGAUCAAAGCUUAAUUUGCUAACAGAGCCAGAAAACAAAAACAAACAAGCAGCUUGAAUUAUUUUACUACAGUGUAAAUCCUACUUUUUAGUUAGAGAAAUAUUUUUAAAAACCAGCCGCAUUUUGUAUUUAAAAAUAACACGCGCGUUGGCAUGAAGGUUUCAAAUUACCACUCUGUACUUUUCAUGUUGUUAUGCAAAUUCAGGCCAAUUUUACCGCGAUCGCAAAAAAGUAUUUUCUACGACUUUUAUUGGCUAUUUUUGUGCCUCACUUCUUUAGCUUUGUUUUUGUUAUUAUGGCUUCGACUUUCUUUCACGAUUUCUUUUAGAAACGAAAGAAAGCGAGUCUAUAAAAUUGCAUGGCAAUCGAAAAGGUUCAGACCGGCAUAUAUCGUGUGUGAAUUUCCACUUUAUCCUCGGAGUAAACACGGACUGUCGAAGAAUACUUUAAUUUUCCAGACUUUCGGCGCGGCUCAAAACUUACACUUCCUAUACUUCUAACUGUAUCGUGUUUGAUCUGAAUUAUUUUUGUAAUUCGUACCAAGUUUGUUCUUUUUUGCAAGUCGGGUUACAAAGAUUUUCAAAAAAGUGCCCAGCGUUGAAUAUUUGUGCCCAAACCGUGCCUAAACUGUGCCAAAACUGUGCCCAAACUGUGCCUAAAGUGUGCCUAAUCUGUGCCUUUGCAUGUUUUUUUCCCGUGCUUUGGCACAAAAACCGUGCCUUUUCUUGAGCGCGAAUCGUGCGUGAGGCACGGUGUUAUGCUCGUGUACACCAGUAGCGUGCGCCAAGCCCUUUAAGAUGUUGACAUAUUGAGCUUAUUUGUUUUCCAAAUGCAGUGUGCAAUACAUGUAUGCAAUAUGAAAUGCUCCACAGAAACUACUAUCACUGUACUGCUAAUAAACAAGAAUAUUGUUUUAACUAGUAAUAACCAAAGGUUUCAGAGUGUAGGCAACAACAAUAGAAGGUCAAAACGCUUUUGCUCCAUUGCUGUGCUUUCCGCAAGGUUCAUGUGAUAGAUGGUCAAAACAUGUGUGAUCAGAUUUUGAGUGAUCAAGGUGCAAAUGUGAGUGAUCAAAUCGCAUUCUGUGCUUUCCAUUCAUUCUUAGUGGAAGUCCAAAUGAAUGCUGGUUACAUACAUGCGACGCAUGCGUAUUAACAACCUGAAGAUUAGGAUUGUGGGCUCCUCUUUUUGCCUGCCAUUAGUUCUAUUUGUACAUUAUGCUUUUGCUUCCCUACUAAAAUGCUCGACCUUAAUGCUCCGUUUUUCCCACCAAAAUGCUCGGUCUCCCCAAAAAAGUCACUAAAAUGCUCGGAUAAUACUCAUUAUACAAACGGUUUUUUUAAAUUUAUUUCAAAGUUUACACUUACAAAAACGUGCAAGUGUUGCAAGCAACAAUGACAACGUGUACAAGUUCAUAAAUACAGCCAAAAAAUCCAGCUGUAUUAGGUUUUUUGUGAAUUUUGAGUUUUAGUCUUCAUUUUGUUUAAAAAAGCAGGAGCUCAUGGGGCAUGGGCUCCCGAAAAAGGUUAAUUUCUAUUUUAUUUUCUCGGAAAAAUUAAUUUUUCGGGGAAAAUGCCACUAAAAUGCUCGAAUAAUGCUCAAUGCUUUUGCCUCACUAAAAUGCUCGAAAAAAUGCUAGCAGAAUGUACAAAAGUCUACUUCUCACUGGAAUUAACCCUUUAAGCCCCAAUAUAAUAGUGACCAACAUCAAUUUUCUCAAAACAAGAUCACUACAUAAUCAAAAGAAAAGGUGUCAAGAAUUCACCGGAUGAUCACCAAAGAGAAAAUGCUUUGAUCUUUAAAAAUAUUCUGUCAACUUAUUUUUAGGGGAAUAUAAUUAUGGAGAUCAGUCUGGACAAUUUGUUUGUUGAUACUGGGGCUUAAGAGGUUAAGGCAACCUCCGUGGGGACAGGGGAGGAGAGAAGCCAGGGAACAAAGUUGGAAUUCAAGGGUUGAUUCUGGUGGAAUUAUUUUUUAUCAACAGGUGUCAGUCAUGUGAUUGUUGAUGAGGUACAUGAACGAGAUAUAAACACAGAUUUCCUGCUGAUUCUUUUGAAAGAGUUACUUGACGAGAACCAGCUGUUGAAGGUCAUUGUAAUGAGUGCAACAGUAAAUUCAGAAAGAUUUUCUCAGUAUUUUCAAGGGUGGGUAUACAUGUAUUACAAUGUAUAUUUUAGAGUUGCGAGGACAGACAGUUUGAACCGUCACUCUUGAUCUCAAUGUCAUGUUCAAAUGUGCAAAAUAUAUGGAAUAUAGUUCAACCUUUCCUUAUGGAAAUGUCCAUGAAAUUUAAUACCAUCUCCUCUAUUGCUCUCAAAGAUACCAAACUUCGUACAAAAAUUAAAUUACAAAAAAAAAAACCAAACUUCGUACAAUCCUAGCCUGCACCACAGAACUGAGGGAACUAACCUUCUGGUUACAGCGCCAAAAUCCUUGUUCUGGGCCACCACCUGUGUACCAGGAUUUGAGUAAUGCACCUUGAUUGGCAUGUUAAAAAUUCUAUUGUCAAUUUGCCAAUCAGAUUGAAGGCAAAUUCGAAACACAUUUCUAGUAAUUUGUACAGUCCGUUGGGGGCGCAGAACAAGGAAAUUGGCACUGCUUUGCAGAUGUUACUAACUGGGGUUAGAUUUUAUGUGCGACACAGGCUAUACAGUCCCAAUGAUGUACCUCCAUAUUAUGGACACCUUUUGUAGACUUUUGACUCUUUCUCUUUAGUGUCUGUGCGAGAGAGGUUGUACAGAAGUCUUUUGACAGUGUUUACCUGUUUGUUUUGAUUGUACAGAUGUCCCAGUCUAAACAUUCCAGGAUUUACACACUCAGUUACAGAGUAUUUCCUGCCAGAUGUUCAUAAAAUGUUGGGUGGUCGUGGAAUGAGCUCAAUGCCUAGCCCACCACAGAGCAAACGAUUCAAACCAAACAACAGUUCUGCAAAGGUUUUUCAUCCGUUUUGUUUCUUUCCCACGUAUUAUUCAACCUUUUUAAUACAGUGUAGAUACAUUAUUAUCAAAAUGGUUGUGACUGUGUUUACACCCAAUGAAAUGUCUGCAUGUUUCACGUUUCUGUCAUGAAGCAAUACAACCAUUUAAAAUAAAUUUAUCACAGUCUUUAAGAUUUUUGAUUACAAAAACCUGUUAAAUUUUUACCAGGCUUUCUGUUGUCACGAAUCAUACAGUUUUUCAAUACUAAUAAUAUUGUACUGCAUUGCCACCCCUCAUUAUUGAUUUUGUAGUACUAUCACUUUGCUUACCAUUGUGUUGCAUGUAUAUGAUACAGGUCAAAUUUGAUUUCAGGUUAAUUUUCAUGUAACCUCUAUUUUGAGUUGUUUGUCAAUUUUCUUCAUCCCUUAGCCCUAGGAGAUAAAGGAAAUGGAGAAUCAACCUAGGUGAAAUGUUUUUAACCUGAAAUCAAUUUGCCCUGUAAUUAUAUCACUGUCUUAUAGUUGCAUGUUCCAAUCUUCUCAUGUCCCUUUUUUCCUUGCUUAAUAAUUAUGCAAGAGAAUGAAAGUUGUACAGUGGCAAAAGCCAUAAGAAAAUCUAAAAACAAUAGUUUUAAUAGCAAAACAACAACCCUGUGUGUGCAUCACACUUAUUGGUACAUUUUUUUGCCAUCAGUGAAUCACUGCAUCUCCCUUUUCCUCGAGUAUUAAACUUGAGGAGAGUUCGCAUACAAUAAAUAUUGAUAAAUUAUGCAAGUCAGAACAAUAAUACAACUAAGAUUGAGAGAACAUGAAUGUACUCUCUAAGUGAUGUUUUUGCUGCCUUCGCUGUUAUGGUAUCUUAACCUUCUGACUUCUCUUUGAAUGCGCUAUCUGUAGAUCCCAUCCUGUCCACAUCUGCACCUGUCUAGUUUUUUUGAGCUGGCCUUAGUUGUUCAAAAACUGGAAAAUGCUAUCUAUUGGAUAAAUCUCUACCAGUGGAUAAUGCAAUAAUUAUUGGUAUCCCUAAUUCAUAUCCACUGGAUAGUGAUUUAUGCAUUGAAUAGUGCUAUCCAGAAUUUGAACAACCGGGCUCUGAAGGUUACUUCUGAUUUUGUCUUAUACUAGGGGGUCUCUUGCCCCCUUCUCCCUCCCCCCCUCCUCAAACUGUCAAUUUAACAGUGUUUUAUCUCAACACCCCAGCCCAGGACUUAUGACAACUCUUGCCAGGGUGCAUAAACAGCAGGCUUUCCAUUAUCAAGGUACUAUUAAUCACCUGGCUACCUCACAGUCUAUUCUCUAGUUGAAAAUUAGGCAACUUAUUAUUAGCAGGGAAUACUUUGGCAUUGAAUUAUUUUUUUCAGUAUUUUUUCGAAACGAAAGUUGACAGGAUUUUUCUUUUUAUUCUUUUAAUCACGAUUGAGAGUGAGAGAGAUUUUAAAUAUUCACUGUAAAUUAUGUUAGGAAAAUAAAUCAGAAUCAAUUUGCUUACAAUAAAUUGUUGUUGUUAUUUUAAAAAUUUCUUUCUUCCUAUUUUCAGAGGUUUGUAGUCAGAACAUUCAGAUUAUUGUUUUGUUACUUUUCAUUAAGUUGGAAUAUUUCUGGAGCUGGGGUGUUGAUUGUAUUUCCAAGUAUAAAUAUUAAAGCUUAUCUUCAACACUUUUUUGAUAUUGAAAGAUAAAACAAAAAUGUCAAUCUGUUAAGUAACUGCUGUUAACAGAACUUAUAGUUGUGAUUUUCCCACCAAAUUCACAGCCGGUAAGUAGCUAUCAAACAUAUUUACUUCCUAACAGGAUCAAAAUGAUAUUGAAAGUCCCGAGGCAGAUGCUGAGCUUAUCAGUGAAGUAAUUCUACAUGUCUGCAGGAUUACCAGGAGGUAAGAGUUAUUAUAAAAUUAUAAACUAAUUACCCAGGGGCAGACCUAGGGGGAGGGUGCAGGGGGUGUGCAACCCCUCUCCCCAUGAGAUGACCUGUGGCUUUCUUAUACAACUUGUAUUCUGUAUUAAAAUGUGUUUACAUCACCAGUCAGUUAUGCCAUUUCUUAGUGUUGCACCCCCUCCUAAGAGAAAUCAUGUAUCCACCCUGUAACUAUAGUAGAACCUACAUGUGUGAUCACCUGUCGCAAGCGAUCAAUUCCUUUAAGAGAAUGAAGAUCCAAAACACAAAAUUUCCCUAAAGAUGGCACUUGUCAUAAGCGAUGGUAGGCAUUUUUCUUGAAUAAUGUUCUGAUAAUUUUCCAGUAUUUAAGGAACCACCUUUGCAAAUCUCUAGACUAACAGAACCUUUAAAUGAGAUUAUUUGUAGCGAUUUAUAUAGUACCAGGUGCAAAGGACAUGUUAACCAUAGUUUUUAGGUCCUUUCCAUAUUGGCGCAAUGCCAAGAUGUCUAGGUGGAUUGCAUCAAGUAAGGACUGUGACACACGAUCUGCGGGAAUCAAACAAACUUAUUGCUCCCUCUGUUAAGACAACAACUCACGGUUUACGUUUAUUUAGAUACGCAUCUAGACUGUGAGCAGUUUCUCUUUUUCUUCAGAUUUAGUAAGGGGAGUGCACGCAGGUGCUAGCUGUUAAGCUGUUGUCUGAUGUGUGUUGUUUGAUUUCAGACAUCAGAUGUCUUAUGUCUUGGGUCAAAUGUCUGAUGUCACACGUCUGAUAUCCGGUGUCUUCUGUUUGUUGUCUGAUGUUAGAUGUCUGAUGUUUGUUCUCAGACAUCUGAUGUCUGAUGUUUAUUUUCUGAUUGCAGACACCUGAUUUCUGAUGGUUGUUGUUUAAUGUGAGACGUCUGAUGUUAGACGUCUUAUGUCAGAUGUCUGAUGUCACCCGUCUGAUAUCUGAUGUCUUGUGUCUGUUGUCUGAUGUCAGACAUCCGAUGUUUGUUUGUUGUCAGACGUCCGAUGUUUGUUUGAUGUCAAAUGUCUGACAUCAGACAACAAAUGUCACAUCUGAUGUAACACAUCUGAUGUCAGACAUCUAAUAUUACACAUCUGUUGUCUAAUGUCAGACGUCUGAUGUCAGACAUCUGAUAUUAGACAUCUGAUUAUUUGUUGUUGGAUGUCCAAUGUCUAAUGUCAGACGCCUGGUGUGAGAUGUCUGAUGUUUGUUGUCUGACGUCUGAUGUCAGACAUCUGAUUUCUGAUAUGCGUUGUUUGAUGUCAAACAUCAGUCUGAUGUCACACGUCUGAUAUCAGAUGUCUUAUGUCAGACAUCUGAUGUCACUCUUCUGAUAUCUGUUGUCUUGUGUUUGUUCUCUGAUGUUUGUUGUCUGAUGUCAGACAACUGAUGUUUGUUGUCAGGCAUCUGACAUCAGACAACAACUAUCAGAGGUCUGAUGUUUGUUGUCAGACAUCUGAUGUCCGAUGUCUGAUGUCAGACAUCUGAUAUUUGUUGUCUAAUAUCUGAUGUCAGAUGUCUGUUUUCUCAUGCCUCUAAUAUCAGACAUCUGUUGUCUGAUGUCAGACAUCUGAGGUCAGACAUCAGAUCUCUAACGUCUGAUGUCUCAUAUCAGACACUCGAUGUGAGACGUCUGAUGUUUGUUGUCUGUCUGAUGUCAGACGUCUAAUUUAAGACGUCUAAUGUCAGACGCCUGUUGUCUAAUGUCAGACGUGUAUUGUUUAUUAUCUGGUUUCCGAUGUCAGAGAUCUGAUGGCAGACCUCUAAUAUCAGACGUCUGCUGUCUGAUGUCAGACAUCUAAUAUCAGACAUCUCAUUAUUUGUUGUCGGAUGUCUAAUGUCUGAUGUCAGACGUCUGAUUUCAGACUUCUCAUAUGAUUUCUCUUUUGUCUUGUGUCAGCUGUCUGAUAUGAGACGUCUGAUCUCAGGUGUUUGAUAUGAGACGUUUGAUGUCAGGUUCUGUUAUCAGACGUCUGAUGUCAGGUGUCUGAUUUCAGAAGUUUGUUGUCAGACGUCUGAUUUCAGGUGUUUCAUGUUAGACGUUUGAUGUCAGGUUCUGUUAUCAGACGUCUGAUGUCAGGUGUCUGUUGUCAGACGUCUGAUUUCAGAUGCCUGAUGUCAGACAUCUGAUAUCAGGUGUCUGAUUUCAGACGUCUGUUGUGAGACGUCUGAUUUCAGGUGUUUGAUAUCAGACGUCUGGUGUCAGGUUCUGUUAUCAGAUGUCUGUUCUCAGACGUCUGUUUUCAGUUGUCUUAUAUCAGAUGUCUGAUGUCAGGUGUCUGUUGUCAGACGACGGAUUUCAGGUGUUUGAUAUCAGACAUCUGAUGUCAGGUUCUGUUAUCAGAUGUCUGAUGUCAGGUGUCUGUUGUCAGACGUCUGAUUUCAGGUGUCUGGUAUCAGAUGUCUGAUCUCAGGUGUCUGAUAUCAGACUUCUGAUGUCAGGUGUCUGUUGUCAGAUGUCUGAUUUCAGAUGUCUGAUGUCAGACAUGUGAUUUCAGGUGUCUUAUUUCAGACGUCUGAUUUCAGGUGUGUGGUAUCAGACAUCUGAUCUCAGGUGUCUGAUAUCAGACGUCUGCUGUGAGGUGUCUGUUGUCAGACGUCUGAUUUCAGAUGUUUGAUGUCAGACAUCUGAUUUCAGGUGUCUUAUUUCAGACGUCUGAUUUCCGGUGUUUGAUAUCAGAUGUUUGAUGUCAGGUGUCUGAUUUCAGACAUCUCUUGUCAGACGUCUGAUUUCAAGUGUUUGAUAUAAGACGUCUGAUGUCAGGUUCUGUUAUCAGAUGUCUGAUGUCAGAUGUCUGAUUUUAGGUGUCUGAUUUUGGACGUCUGGUUUCAGGUGUUUCAUAUCAGACGUCUGAUCUCAAGUGUCCGUUUUUAGACAUCUGUUGCAGUUGUCUGAUUUCAGGUGUUUGAUAUCAGAGGUCUGAUGUCAGGUUCUGUUCUCAGACGUCUGAUUUCAGGUGUCUGAUUUCAGAUGUCUGUUGUCAGGUGACUGUUCUCAGACAUCUGAUGUCAGGUUCUGUUAUCAGACAUCUGAUGUCGGGUGUCUCUUGUCAGACGUCUGCUUUCAGGUGUCUGAUUUCAGAUGUCUGUUGUCAGACGUCUAAUUUCAUGUGUUUGAUAUCAGACGUCUGAUGUCAGGUUCUGUCAUCAGACGUCUGAUGUCAGGUGUCUGAUGUUUGUUGUUUGAUGUCUGACCUCUCAUGUCAGAUGUCUUGUCAGACGUCUGAUGUCACUCAUCGGGUGUCUGAUGUUUUUUGUCCGAUGUCUGAUGUUUGUUGUUUGUUGUCAGACGUGUGAUGUCCGAUGUCUGAUGUCAGACGCCUGAUGUCAGAAGCCUCUUGCGCCUCCAGUCACGCACGUGUUGCUUUGCGUGCCUCGCGCGUUUUGUUCGACGUACUAAGAAAAAGAGAGACUGCUCUUAGUCUAGUAUGCAUCUACAACAAUGUGGAAUCAAAUCAAUCAAUCAAAGACUUUGUUUAACUUCGAAUUUGUUGAUAGCAAAAUUGCAAAUAUCUGCGAAGGAAAUAAAUCUAUAAAAUAAUGAAAGUACAUCAAUAUGUGAAAUAAAUAGAUACAUAAAAAUUACAUAAGAUUAGAAUUAAAUAUUAUAGAUAAAAAAGGUGUCUGUAUGUACAGUUGAUUUGCGAAUUUAACAUUGGUCACAAAAAGAACAGCGUUCAUUAUCCAGUUGAACAGUCUUUAGUGCAAUUACGGACAUUAUCCGGCAAUAUGUUCCAUAGUUUGCUGGCAUGAUAUCGAAACGAAUGAAGACCAUAAUUUGUUGUAUUUGCACGUGGAAUAACUAGUCUGCGUUUGAGUCGUAAACUGAUGCUGGUUUGGCGCUCGGUAAAAGAUCAGAAAAAACGAUAUGCUAAUAUGAGCAUAUUGUUUAUUCGGCGUGCUCUCAGACUAGGCUGAUUAAUUUCUUGUAAUAAUUUUUCAUACGAAUUGUUAAAGUCGUUAAAAACGAAACGAAGGAUGGAUUCAUUGAGUUUCUCAAUUAUAUCAGCAUUUCACUCGCCACAAUGGAACCAGACGGUGGAAUAGUAGAUCAAAUGUGGGAGAAAAUAAGCCAGACACAGCCUCUUCUUGGUAUGAGUACGGAUGAGGUGUUUAUAACAUUUCAGAACUUGCAACUUGCGGCUAACCUUCCCUACGGUCUCCUUAAUAUGAAUGUUGAAAUUAAGAUUUUUAUCGAUACUGACACAAAAGAAGUUGCAUGAUGCCGUCAUUUUACUACUACGACCAGAAUCCUUCGGGUUUUUCUUUCUUGUGCAAAUUAUCGCCUUUGUUAUUUAAACCUCGCUGGGAUUACCAAAUUUAAAUGUGAAAGGAAAAACGAAAAGAAUUCUGGUCGUAGUAGUAAAAUGACGCUAUCGGGCAAAUGGCCUAUUAGUGUAGCCUUACGACAUAUUAAAGGAGAAAAAGGCUCAUUUCCGGUUGGCGUGCGUCACCCAAAAACGGCGCUGCGUAAACUCUUUAUUAUAUACACAUGAACAGUGGCGGAUCCAGGGGAGGGGCUGGGCCCCCUCUUACUUUUAGACCAAACUAAGGCCCAAAGAGCCCAAAAAACGUUUUUGGAGACCGCCCCAACUUAUCUAAGGGUCUGGAUGACUGCCCUCCCCCCCUGUAUCUCAAGGUCUGCAUCCGGCACUGCAUGAAUGUUCCAGACAAUCGUGAUGGAGGCUCUUGAAAUUUACUGACUUUCUUAACACAUGGUCUGCGUUUCAGGGAGCUAUUUUAUGCUUUCUAUCUGGCUGGGAUGAAAUCACUUUGGUCCAUGACAUUUUGGCAUCCAAAAUAAGUGAUUCUUGU